CAUAAAGAAACUGAACUUGUCGUGCAAGGUUAUGGAAACUUCUCGAGCAAGGCAAAAAGUCACAAAGCUUUUUGGUACAUGGGUUGCUUAACAACCCUUGGACAAAGGUCAAGCUAUUUUAAUGUAUAGCUCGGGAGGGUUCCACAUGGUCGACAGGACGCACGCCGGUCUUUCCUAGAAAUUGUGGUUGCUGACUUCCACUCAAACCCAUCUUAUAUUAACUUAUCAAACCUCCCCUGUUUUUUCCCUGCAACAUCGGUUUGAUCUAGAGGUAGACUUAGUCAAUAUGAAGCAAAAGAUAGUGAUGAAGACACACAUGAACUGCCAGAAAUGCAGGAGCAAGGCACUCCAGAUUGUUGCAGAAGGAGAAGGUGUGGACUUUGUGGCGAUAGAAGGAGACCAGAAGGACAAGGUGGUGGUGAUCGGAAUUGGAGUCGAUCCCAUCAAAUUGACCUGUAAUUUGAGGAAGAAGGUUGGUCCUACGGAUAUUAUCAGUGUCUCAGAGGUGAAAUCUAAGUAAAGAGCCCAUUCUCAUGGAACCAUUUCUUCCCUGAUAGUUUAAUUUUGAAGGUUGUUGGGAUGUCAAACAUUCUGUAAUUAUUAUCCAUAUGUAGACCAACAUGAUCAGAAGAUAUUUUCUUAAGAGGCCUACAUGUUGGUAUUUAAAUGGCUUUUGUGCAGUCAAACGAAAUCUUUUCCACCUUUAACAAGCUUGUAAGCUUUUUCCUUUUCAUCUAUGGAAGGGUUUUAAUAUUUUAUAAUGAAUAAAAGUAGACUCAUGUAAGGAUAACAAUAA